ACGUGACAAGAUGGUGUUCAAGCAAGGUGGCGCUGACAUUGAGUACGGCCACAAGGGUGGUGGCGUUGGCGGUGGUCAGAUAUAUCCGGGACAGAUGGAAGAUCCUCAGAUGAGAUGGGCAUUUAUCAGAAAAGUUUAUUCCAUUGUAUGCACACAACUUUUCUUCACCACCGUGAUCGCCACCGCCAUGUUCUUCACUCCGGCGGUCAAAGAUUACAUGAGAACCAGUUUUGGCAAAGUCACUAUAAUUGUUCUUCUUGUCACAGCUUUUAUACUUAUCUUCUUGAUGUGUCGCUAUGGGAAAAAACAUCCAUGGAACUAUCUUCUUAUGGGAGUGUUCACCUUGUGUCUGGCAUGUGUUGUUGGAGCAGCUUGUGCAUUAAGAGCCGGGGAAACUAUCUUGAUUGCUGCUGGGCUAACAGUUCUUAUAUCUGUUAGCCUUACCCUCUACACAUUUUGGGCUGCAAGCAGAGGCAAAGACUUUAGCUUUAUGGGCCCAUUUUUAUUUUGUGCCUCUAUAGUCCUCUUUAUGUUCAUUCUAAUGCAGUUUAUUCUCGAUCUAGGACGCGAAGCACGCGUUGUGUAUAGUUGUCUCGCAGCACUCCUAUUCUCAGCAUAUCUUGUAUACGACACAAAUAACUUAAUCAGGAACUUCACGUACGAUGAAUAUGUCAUCGCAGCAAUUUGCCUUUUCGGAGACAUCGUUAACCUCUUCUUAGCUCUUCUUGGGAUUUCUAGUGAAUAA